AGUUGUUGGCAUUAUAUUUAGCAGGGCUAGAAAGAUGACUGUAUAAAUAGCACCGGACGUCUCAGAAUUGUCAGUACGGUCUGAGAAUCUGAUCUCCGAACACAAUGAAGUUCCUUAUUUUGUGCUUUGUCCUGGUGGCUGCUGUUUCGGCACAAUAUAAUCCAGCGAGUCAGGGUGUAUUUGUAAAACCUGUUGCCAUUGUCCGUCAGGUACAGGACUUUUCACCGGAAGGUCCUUACACGUACAGCUAUGACACCGAGAAUGGAAUUUCCGUUGCGGAAAGCGGAGCUCUUAAACCUGUUGGACCCAAAGGUGAACCCGCUGUAGUAGCACAGGGUUUUUAUAGUUACGUCGACGAAACGGACGGUAAAACAUACAAAGUGGAAUACGUUGCCGACGAAAACGGAUUCCAGCCCACGGGUGAUCAUAUCCCACCAGUAGCCGCGUCUGUUAGCCGGAAGACCGCCACACAUUUCUAAAGCUUAGGAAUAUCAUUCACGGACAUUUCUUACUAUGAUAUGGAUUAAUGAAUUUAAUCUUAUCAUUCUGAAAUAAUGCCUGUGUACCUUAUUCACUGUUUUUGAAUAUGAAUAAAGAGUAUAUUAUCUGUAAGA